AUGACCGCCUGGACGCCCGGCGAAGCUGCCGCGUUUGUUCCCCGAGCGCCGCCGCCUCACAGCCCGCCCCGCUACAGGGGAGCCCGGCGCCGGCCGGCGUGCAAAGCGCGGUACGCGGCGUGCGCCGAGGGCUGCCAACCCCAGGCAGCUUUCGCUAUUCGAACGCGAGAUGUUUUCGAAGAACGCCGUCGCCCGAACGGCUGUCAGCAGGCGGCCCCGCGGCGUAGCGGCUGCCUCGGCUCUGACGCCGUGAGCUGCCCCCGCUGGAAAGGUCAGCCUCGCGUUUUUGGAAGGUGGGGCAAGACUAGUUGCAAAAUCAGUGCACCCCUCACCGCCCCCGGUUCUCGGAGGCAGGAGAGAAAUCCCGUAGCCGGGAAGCCGCAUCCUACAGACCCGCGCCGGAGCAGCGACGUGAUGAGGCCUGAGCUGCAGGCGGUGCCUCCCCUCGGGCCGCUCCCGCCCCUCCCCGCACCAGAGGAGCGACCGCGGCGGAGGGCGGAGCCGGCAGGUGAGGGGUGGCCGCGGCAGCCGGCCGUGCGGGGUCGCGCUGGAGGGAGCGGGCUGCGGAGCUGCUGCGCUGGACGUGCUCGAAGCAUAGAACUUCCUCUGAUCCCAACAAUGAUAAAGAUUAACACUGAGAUGCAAAUCAAGUAGAAGUUAAAUGCAUUAUAUGUUCACUUACUAC